AUGAAUACACAAACAGUACUAACAGAAAACUACGAUUUUAAAGAUAUAUUUCCCACAUGCUUGAAUGAUUUUCGUACUCAUAGAACUAAUAUCACAAAUAAUGUUGAAUUUAAAAUUGGUAAUACAUGUUCAGUAACUGCACAUUCUUUAAAAUUUAAUCCAGAUUACAGAGAGUUUUUUGUAUCAAAUUGUAAAAACCUUCUUCUCUAUUUAUAUUAUAUAAAAAAUAAUAAAACCACUACUGACGAAGAGCCCAGUUGUAAAUAUUUCAAUUAUAGAUUAAAGUAUUUAUUAAAUACUUAUAAAUGCCCUGAAAAGAGCACUGAAAAAGCUUAUAAAACAAUGAUAAUUAAAGACAAUGAAAAUACUUAUUUUAAUAUAUCUAAUAUAUGUCAAUUAUACAUUAAAGACCUUAGUGAUGAUACAUUUCAAAAAUUUGAGAAUCUGAAUGAACUAUAUAGUAUUUUUAAACAAGCAGAGGGCACCUGCACUAAGAAUACUAGAUGUUUCAAUAAAUACAUGAAUUAUUCUGUAGAUUGUGAUAAUUCGAACAACAGCAGUUAUUGUCAAAUUCUAAAUAAAUUUAAAUUUCUAUAUAUACUAGAUACCGUAAUUGAACCUAUAAAUAAAAAUAUUUCUGAAUCAACACAUUCUUCAACUCUUAUACACAUAAGGGCAGCAUUUUUAACUAUAACUUUUAUGACAUUUUUAAUAUCAACAAGUAUAUUUAUUUUAUAUAAAUAUACAUCUUAUAGAUCAUAUUCACCACCAGUGUUAGUAAAAAUAAAGAGACUUUUUAAUAAAAAAGAUGAAGAAUAUUCUACAUUAUUAGAUUCAUUCAAAUGCGCAUACAACACAUCCAUUGACAAUGAUUAUAGAAUAGAAUAUAGUUCAGUAAAUAAUAGAUAA